AUGUUCCAGUCUGAUUUAAUUAAUUUAAAAUUUAUACUUUUAUUAUUUCAGAAGAUUAGAAUUAUGCCACGUACAAGCUCUAAUUCAAAUAAUCGACGUAGACCAAACAAUGAGCAAUCCCCAGGGCCACCCCGACGACAACUUCGAAUUAUAACUUCUCCAACACCUCCACCAGUAGAAUCAUUACAACAACCUAUACAAAAUGUAACAAAUGCAACAAUAAACACAAAUCCGGAUUCCCAGGUUCCGGCAAGUGAACAGAUGUGGUCUUUGUAUCCAACACAACAAAAUCAAGUUGAUGGAAUGACUUCAACAAAUGCGGCACCAAUGCCAAUGCCUGUAGCCGCAGCUCCAGCUCAGAUUGUUGUAGUUGAAGAAGCGGAUCGAAUGCCUCAGGAAAUAGCUGCGCAGGUAAAUAAAAUAUUUAAACCAACAAAGUUUAAUACGUUUAGGUAA